AUGGCCACUGAUCCCACUGUCCACCUACAAGGCGACGAGAAUACAAAUCAAGAUGGAGACCCAGAACCACAACGCGGACGUGGCUCCACGAGGAGUAAUAAGCUCUCCGCUCCGUUGCGACUACCUAAGAACCGCAGCACCGGAAACCUCGCUGUUGUGGGUGAAUUUCCUGAGAGGCCAAGGUUGAGGUUUUCUUUCGAUACCGGAUCAGGUGUGGCAGAAUCUGACCAAAUCACAAGAUCUCCAAUUAUCACCGAACAUGACCAUGGAUUGGGCAUAUCCGGUUUACGACGCAUCCGUCAGCAUCCUACUCCGCGUAUCCCUACCAUGCCCUCAACCGCCGUUUCUUCGCGAAGUCCCUCUACCGGUCUUGCUCGUUCCACUUCCAUGACCAUGAUGCUGCCUUCCGGACAGCAAACCCCAUUAACACCCGGCCCCGCGUCUCCCAAUUUCUCCGAAGACCUGUCCCGCUUUCCUUCCGAAUCUUUACACUCUUUUUCCUUCGCCCAUCAGUCCGAAGAGUUCAUACAUAACCGCCAGAAUGUGUUAAAGAGAUCUAUAGAGUUUAUGAAGGAUCGCAUGGGGUGGUCCAUGUCCUCGAAUGCCGCCGGCAUUGCUAGCGCACAAGCCAGAGUUUCCGGUGAUGUAGAGACACAACAUAUGCUUGAUUUACUUGCUAGGGCACAGCUCGUUGGAGCGGGGAAUCUACCAAAUGCCGAUUCGUCUAUUCCCCCAGGACCGUUGACCGGUCCUGCUCGGGUUUCGAUUGAUAAUGUGUUCGAGAAAGACUUCAUACCCAUACCAAGAACAAGCAGUCCCGAGUCCUUCGUAACCCCGAUGGUAUCUCCUACAGAUACUCAAAAGCCUCCUGUGAACCAGUUUUCUCUUACCACCACAAAACCUACAGGGAGCGAGGAGGAUAGGCCCAUGCCGAAGCAAGUAGACGUUAUACAAGACCAAACGGAUUCCGAGAGCUCCUCGAGAACACCGACUAAUGAGAGUGGCACCACGGCUCAGACCUCCCCACCGGUGUCCAGACGCCCAAGUCUACGGAGAACUUACACGGAUGUAGUAUCUGCUGAAAUGCAACAGAAACUCAUGGAUACAAUGGCGCAGCCAUUCCUCGCCGCAUCAUCCGAAAGGUAUACCGAGGCGUUAGUGUCACCAACCCUUCCGCCUUUAGCCAUGGGCUCGGCACUUACACCCUCUUUGGGGCCUUCGGUACAUGGCCAUGCAACUCGAUGGGUUCCAGCAGCACAAGCCAUCUUCACAACCGAAUCUAAACCCCCGUGGACGAUAUUAGCUGCUAACGAUUUAGCCUGUCUCGUCUUUGGUGUGACGAAAGCAGAAGUCCGCAAGAUGGGCAUUCUCGAGGUUGUACAGGAGGAGAGGCGUUCUUGGUUAGAGAAUAGACUUCUCCGUGCUGAUCCUAACGACGUAAGCCAGGAACCCGCGGAGACUGCACCUCCGCCCAUUCCUUCAGCCGGCUCGUCUCUGCUCGGGGGACGUGGCGGCAUCACAGCGCAUUUAUUGAGUAAACCUAACUCUCGAUCACAGCGCCCGAAAGCCCCGGCCCGGCGUGCGCAGACCGUUCAUAGUGGAGAUACAACACCAUCGAAACCUCGAGGCGUGAACCAUCGCAAUUCAAAGUCUAGAGGAGUAUUGCUCUGUGGCGACGUAGUCCCCAUACAGAAACGCAAUGGGGCAACAGGUUCCGCAAGUUUGUGGGUCAAAGAAAAGAAAGUAGGCCUAAUCUGGGUUCUUGAAGAAAUUCAUGAAGAUGUGGCCUUGGUGAGUCUUGAUGAAGACGGAGUUGUCACCAAAAUCUUAGGAGAUACGGGUCCAAUAUGGGGAGAGGAGAAUCUACGACCCGGUAUGGACGUCGGCAAGCUAAUACCUCGCAUUCCUCGUCAAGGUAUCGACCCCAGAUAUGGCGCCAUUGACUACGCACAAAUCGCGAAGCGCAAGUAUUUCACUUGUCGAAACGGUAAUAAAGUCAACGUUCCUACUAUAGUCUCUCAGACGAGGGGUCAGCCUGAGCUUCGUAUUUCGAGCUUUCCGCAUAUUGCUGGAAUCAUCGUAGUCUCGCCGGAUACCCUCAAGAUCACGAGUUCAAAUUCCGCAUUCUGUGGAGCGCUUUUCGGCUAUGAGAAACCAGAAGGACAGUCGAUAUGUAAUCUCAUACCGGACUUCGACAAAAUCCUCGAAAUAUUGGUGGAUCAUGAUGGAGUGCAAGUUAGGGAUGGCAUAGUCGUACCUGAACAUAGCUUUCGGAAAGCAUCUGUUUUGUUAGCUUUGCACGACAGCAGGCCAGACGCCGCUGCCAGUUUCUUAAAUUCCGAUGGUCUUCCAGCAAAACACCGCGACGGCACAGAACUAAAGAUCGAUGUUCAGAUGAGAAUCGUCAAGAGCGAGAAGAAGUCCGGCAACGAUUCAAGUUCAAGUGACGACGAAUCUCAGACCAGUGAAGGAGUUUUGAUGGAGGUUGAAUCGGAGGUGGUUUACGCGUUAUGGAUAACAUACUCGAGACACUUGCACGCAUCCGUCAUAAAGUCAUCAGUCACUCCUAAAUCACCAGUGCUAUCCGGGGCAGUUUCCCCUUUGCACCAGCCUUCUCCCGGUCAAACCCCAGCACAUACGCCGCAAGAUAUAGGCUCGGAUUCAGAGGAGACAAAGUCAAGACCCUCUUCUACUGCAUCCGCGUUGUCGCAGCAACUCAAAGUUGUCGCGAUGAAUGCGGCCGCAAAACUCACUGGUGUAUCAAGACAGACAGACAAGUCGCCACCUGUAACCGCGGUGUCCCCAGCUGAGGCACCAGCGCGGAAGAAAACGAUCGACGAUUUCGUUAUACUUGAAGAUAUGGGGCAGGGUGCUUAUGGUCAGGUGAAACUAGCACGGUAUAAGUACGGCGGUGGAAAAAAGGUGGUUCUGAAAUAUGUGACGAAGCGACGAAUUCUUGUAGACACGUGGACGAGAGAUCGGCGGCUCGGUACAGUACCCCUCGAGAUACACGUUUUGGAUUACCUCCGACGGGACGGUUUCAAACAUCCCAACAUCGUAGAGAUGGAAGAUUUCUUCGAGGAUGAGGUGAAUUACUACAUCGAAAUGGCACCCCAUGGAUAUCCUGGGAUGGAUCUAUUCGAUUACAUCGAGCUCCGGACAAAUAUGGAAGAGGAUGAAUGCCGAAGCAUCUUCGUCCAGGUCGCACGGGCAAUACACCACCUCCACACGAGAGCGAAAGUAGUCCAUCGCGACAUCAAAGAUGAAAAUGUCAUUCUAGACGGUGAAGGAAAUAUCAAGUUAAUCGACUUUGGAAGCGCGGCAUAUAUCAAGAGUGGACCCUUUGAUGUCUUUGUGGGUACUAUUGACUAUGCAGCUCCAGAGGUGCUGGCAGGAAAACCGUACGGCGGUAAAGAGCAAGAUGUUUGGGCUCUAGGAAUACUCCUCUACACCAUCAUCUACAAGGAGAAUCCAUUCUACAGCAUCGAUGAGAUUAUGGAUCGCGAUCUGAGAGUGCCCUACGUAAUCAGCGACGAGAGCAUCGAUCUCAUCCGAUGCAUGCUCGAUCGCGACGUUUCACAGCGGUACGACAUCGAGCAAGUAAUCCAACACCCGUGGUGCCAGACGGAAUGAAGACAUGACGAGGACAGUUAGGCGUAUUAUCCCGUGAGGUCUAAGGGAGGGUUGGGGGGUUGCUUUAAGUGCGGGUUUGUACGACAUGGCGGGUUUACAGGCUAGACUGCACUAGAGAAUAGGGCAACAUGAUUGGGGAAUGAAGACAGAAAUUUUACAUGAUACCCAGCUCUUAGGAAUUAUUGCAAAUUCGGGAGUAGGAAAGUAGCACGAAGAUAUACGAUACACAUAUGGAAAGCAAGCAAGAAGCAUGGGGUUUUUCUUUACCCUCCUUUUUAAAGUCCCAUUUUCGUUUUCUUUUUCUUUUAGAGAAGAUAAGCUACAUUGGCGGGAAAUCAGCAUAUACACUUUCUGGCGCGGAGUUUUGACGAAUCUAUAGGUUACGAUAUAAAAACCUAAGAAUGGCUGGCUUUUCGGUAACACGAUUUUUGGGAUUUUCUCUCCUUCUGGGUCUUUGUUUCCUGGGUUGGGGACUGCUAUGAUUUGGUUUCGGUGUACCGGCGAAAUUUCCCUCAAUCCUUUUUUAAAAACACAUUUUAUUGCAGUGGUCAUUUUUCAAGUCUGCAUACUCUUUUCCUCACGUUUAUCUGACAUGGCGGGUUGUUGAGGCAUGAGAUACUUAGAUAGCUCCUCACAUAUGCGGCUAUGGGAAACGAUUAUGGCUAUUAUCAAUA